GCUAAAAUGAUAUUGCAUGCCUUGAAGCAUCAUCAGCAGCCUGUCUGUGGACUACUGGUUGGCCCUGAAGACACUAAAUCGGGAAAACAAGACUUCGUUCUCUGCGCUGAUGCGAUGCCUCUCCUGCACACACAUAUGCUGCAUCCGCAGUUACGCCUUGGAGUUGAAUUGGUGGAAGCCAUGUGUGAAAUGGAUCAAUCAGACGGGGGCGCCUUCCGCAAUUUAUUCGCACCUAACUGCAAAUAUAGACAGAAGAUAGUUGGCUUUUACUACUCAGAUUUUUUGACUGUUCCAGAGAAGGCGCCGACCAUGAACAAGGAGGCAACCCACAUUGCCCGCGUUCUGAGGCAGCACUAUCCAAAUUUGCUCGUCUGUACAUUUUGGGUUCCCAGUGGAUCCUCGUGGACUCGAAUUCCGCCUGAAGCUGUCAGUUGUUCAAAGGCAGCCUUAAAACUUGCAGAAGUCGCUGUGACGGACAGAUUGUGA